ACAAGUUCCUGGAGAAGCCCAAGCGGCGACUGCUGUGCCCUCUGUGCGGGAAGCCCAUGCGCGAGCCCGUGCAGGUUUCUACCUGUGGCCACCGUUUCUGCGACACUUGCCUGCAGGAAUUCCUCAGAUGAUGAAACCAGAGAUUCAAAGAAAGACCUCGACUUGCCCAGGGUCACACAGUCGAAGGCUUAAUUGUGAUUCAAGCCUGGGCUACUUGUGAUCACACAAUGGAGGGGGCAUUGUGAUGCUACAACCCUCCCCUGAAGGUUGCUGUGAGGCCUCUGCUUCCCCCUUGAUGGCUGCCUGCCUCCCACCUACCUGACUCAGACCUGCCAGGAAUGCCAUGCCUGAGGGCCUUCAGUCCUGCUGGUGAAGGAGUCUUCAAAUGCCCAGAGGACCAACUUCCCCUGGACUAUGCCAAGAUCUACCCAGACCCAGAGCUGGAGGUCCAGGUGCUUGGCCUGCCCAUCCGGUGCAUCCACAGUGAGGAGGGCUGCCGCUGGAGUGGGCCACUUCGACAUUUACAGGGCCACCUGAAUACCUGCAGCUUCAAUGUAAUCCCCUGCCCCAAUCGCUGCCCUGCCAAGCUGAGUCGCCGUGAUCUGCCUGCACACUUGCAGCAUGACUGCCCCAAGCGGCGCCUCAAGUGCGAGUUCUGUGGUUGUGACUUCAGUGGGGAAGCCUAUGAGAGCCAUGAGGGCAUGUGCCCCCAAGAGAGUGUGUACUGUGAGAACAAGUGUGGUGCCCGCAUGAUGCGGCGACUACUGGCCCAGCAUGCCACUUCUGAGUGCCCCAAGCGCACCCAGCCUUGUACCUAUUGCACAAAGGAGUUCGUUUUUGACACCAUCCAGAGCCACCAAUACCAGUGCCCAAGGCUGCCAGUGCCCUGCCCCAACCAAUGUGGCGUAGGCACUGUGGCUCGGGAGGACCUGCCGAAUCAUCUGAAGGACAGCUGUAGUACUGCCUUGGUGCUAUGCCCAUUCAAAGACUCUGGUUGCAAGCACAGGUGCCCUAAGCUGGCAAUGGCGCGGCACGUGGAGGAGAGUGUGAAACCACAUCUGGCUAUGAUGUGUGCCCUGGUGAGCCGGCAGCGGCAGGAGCUGCAGGAGCUUCGUCGAGAGCUGGAGGAACUAUCAGUAGGCUGUGAUGGUGUGCUCAUCUGGAAGAUUGGCAGCUAUGGGCGGCGGCUACAAGAGGCCAAGGCCAAGCCCAACCUCGAGUGCUUCAGCCCAGCCUUCUACACACAUAAGUAUGGUUACAAGCUACAGGUGUCUGCAUUCCUCAAUGGCAACGGCAGUGGUGAGGGCACACAUCUCUCUCUCUACAUUCGUGUGCUGCCAGGAGCCUUUGACAAUCUCCUUGAGUGGCCCUUUGCCCGUCGUGUCACUUUCUCCCUGCUGGAUCAGAGUGAUCCAGGGCUGGCUAAGCCACAGCAUGUCACUGAGACCUUCCACCCUGACCCAAACUGGAAGAAUUUCCAAAAGCCAGGCACUUGGCGAGGCUCCCUGGAUGAGAGUUCUCUGGGCUUUGGAUACCCCAAGUUCAUCUCCCACCAGGAUAUCCGAAAGCGAAACUAUGUGCGGGAUGAUGCAGUUUUCAUCCGUGCCUCCGUUGAACUGCCCCGGAAGAUCCUCAGCUGAGUGCAGAACUGGCAGGCUCAAGGGGAGAAGGGGGAUGGGACAUGACUUGUCAGGCACUGGUUGAACCUGGAGAGGGGGCCGGACCCCCUUUCAGCUGCUUAUGCUGCCUGGGUUGUUAACCCUGUUCUCCCCCUACCACUACCACCCUCAGGUGCCUCCAACUGGUGCUUCAGCCCUGGCCUCUGUGGGGAGCAGGUCUCUGGGUUAUCAAGGGCUGGAAACAAGUGAUCCCAGGGACUGUCUCCCCUCCUGGGCAGGGCAGGUAUGCCUUGGUGCCGGCCACAUUCUACCUGGACUGAGCACCUGCUUAGGUGCUAUGUCCCAAGAGCCAUAGGGAGGGGUUGGGAAAGGGAGGGGUAGUUAAAAGAAUCUGUCUUGAGAUUGAUUUUUCUUCUUUCCCCAACUGUGUCCCUUCUGGUUAUUUAUUUACUUAGCGCCAGGAAGGCACAACAGGGGAGCCCUGAUUUUUAAUAAAUCCUGGAUUGUAUUUAUUAACUUGGUUCCAGCCUGUCUCCUCUGGGUUGGUUAAGGCCCUGGGAGGUUGGGGCUUACAAUGCAAAGGACCACUGAGAGAAGUGUUGCCACUAUGACCCCGAAAUCAAUUGCCCUGCUGGGCUGCCCUCUGGUGGGUAAGAGAACUGCAACAGGCUUUGGAGAGCUGUCGCUACCUCCUGGUGGUUAAAUGGGAGAGGUACAGGAUGACUGGAGUCCCUACUCCAUAACUCACUGCAAAAUGAGUGCUAUGCCCUAAGCAAGCCCCAGCCCCAUGCCCCUGGUACUGGGGACUGAACCCAGGGGCACUUUAUUAAUAAGCUACACCCCAUAGCCUCUUACUUUUACAGACAGGGUCUAAGUUGCCGAGGCCGGCCUUGAACUUGUGAUCCUCUGGCUCCAAGUUGUGUCAAGCCUGGCUCUGGCUGACAACUGCCAUUCAUUUAGUACCUUCUUGUUAGACACUGCCAAGAACUUCAUGUGCAGUAAUUCUUUUGUACAGCAAAUUUUACAUCAUAGUAAAAGGGCCUCUUAAGCAGGCUUUAGUGAAGUUAAUGAGAGUAUAUGUUCCUAACAGAGUAGGUGCUUAAUGAAUGUUAAAUCUAACUGAAGCCCAGCCUACACCCAGGGACUAGGCUGAGUAGAGGAGCCUUUAAGAUGUACAAGGCAUCCAGACUUUCUUGUCCAUCUCUCAUUUUUCACAUAGGCCUCAGUGGGCACCUGCAGUUAUCCACAUUUCACCAGCUAGGAACAGAGAUGUGAAUUGAUUCAUCAGUGCUCCUUCAACUGGUCUGGGACAGGGCUGGAUUUCUUUUUCCCCUAGUGCUGGACAUACAACUCAGGGUCUUGUAUAUGCUAUACAUAUGCCCUACUGAGCUACAACUCCAGCCCCUGGAUUGUUUUAAGCUCCAGCAAUAUCUGGAAGUAUAGCUCCAAUUUUGGCAAUAGAUUUGGGCUUGCAUUUGUCAAGUUUCUUAGCUACAUGGGACAUCACUAUGGUAGAAUGAAUUCUGCUCACAUCUAGAUUUUGUUGUAAUGAUUAAAUAAACUAAUCAAAACUGCCUUAAAAAGACAUCUUGUCUAGCCUGGAAACUGUUACCUACUAAAGAAAAGUUAAAGGACUAUUUUUUUCCCCACACAGAGGGUGAAGUUA